GUAUGAGUUUUGGCUUGUUCACGCGAUAAUUUAUCCCCUUUAGAUGCCAUUCAGAUCCUAGAAAAUAAAAAUAGUUACAUGGGAAUAAGCCGUCUGAGAUGCGUUAGGAUCUGAGUCGGAUAAUUGCAACGAUGCCCACGGUGAGAUCUUACCUCAGCUGCCUCGUGAUCGGGAGCCUCGUGUCACUUUCAUGGGGCAUCGAGGUGGACUGCAGUGAACUCCGGAUGGGUCAGUACCUCUGUCCAGAUCCUAGCAACAUAGACAACUACAUCGACCCAAAGACCCAACAAAUCCGCGGCUGCACAAAGGAGAACAAGGCUCGAGUGUGGUGCGUAGCAGCGGACGAAAUCACAUGCACAGAAACCAAAAAUGCCAGCUUCACGAGAGAACAGCCGUGCAAGUGGACGAAUGGCUAUCGCCUGGACACAGCUCUUCUGCUCUCGAUAUUCCUGGGGAUGUUUGGCGCCGACAGAUUCUACUUGGGCUACCCGGCUAUUGGCAUGCUGAAAUUCUGCACCCUGGGUUUCAUGUUCCUGGGCCAGCUCGUGGACAUCAUUCUGAUAGCGACCCAAGUGGUCGGACCAGCGGAUGGUUCGGCCUACGUGAUCCCAUACUAUGGCCCAGGAAUUGUUGUGAUACGUAGCGAUAAUUGGACUUAUCGUCUUCCUCAAGAUGAUUGGUGAACAAAGCCUUUGGUAGCCAAGAUGUAUAUUAGGCAUAAUUCUCUUAUAAGUUAAUGCACAGAUCAUAAGGUAUGAAAUAUAUAGGAAAACUCGAGACAGAA